AUGGCAAGAUAACAUCCUGGAGAGACUCCAAGUUCUUUUGCAAUAGAAGGAGCUAUAGAGUUCUUGAUUAAAAAUUGUAUAGAAGCUGAAAUGUUAAGGAAUUAUUUCACUAUAUAUAUAAUUCCUAUGAUUAAUCCAGAUGGAGUUGUUUUUGGAAAUUACAGAUGCAAUUUAAAUGACACUGAUCUGAAUAGAAUCUGGUUAAAUUCACAUAAGGAAUUCCAUGAUUCUGUUUGGUAUAUAAGAGAUUUAAUUAAGCAAAUUAACUAAACAAAUGAAUUGUGUAUGAUAAUGCAUAUUUAAGAAUUUUUUAAUUAUAAGAUUAAGUUAUUCAUUAUAAUUAAAUGA